UGUUUUGUCUCUUCUUCAGGCCGCACAUGGUGCUAUUCCUUCCCUGCUUGCUGGGGAGAUGCAUCUCUCUUGAUUAAUGGUGUUAUCAGAAUGAGUCAUCUUGGCUUUUAAUAAGAAGCUUCAGAAGUUUUCCUCGCUCUCCCUAGGAGUCUGAUGAACUGUGAUGGAAUGUGCACCCAUGUGCUCCGUGUUAUGGUGCUCUUCAGAUUGAACGGUACAGAUGUUCUGGGCGUGAACUCUGAGCCUUUGCCAACGUGAGUGGCAACACCGCCUGCAGUUGGGACCUCUCGACUUACAUGCGAAUUCUUCUCACCCAGCCCUUCCCCUGUCAAUGUGGGGGAAGAGAUAUUUUUAGUCACUGGUGCAUGUGGCUGUUGGCUUGACACCAUCUGAAUUUCCUCUCCUGCAAGAUGAGCAAUACCACGCACACCGACCUGUCCUCUUCCACCGAGGGUGGGGUAGGCGUGACCAGCAUGGCUGGCAGCACGCUGCAGACCAGGAUCUUCCCUCUGACCGACUCCAGCCAUCUCUCCCCUGAAGACGACUCCCCGCUGAGGGCCCUCCAGAACUACUCCCGAGAUGGCCAGCAAAUUUUCCUGACCACUUCGGCAGCGCAGGUGAUCUCCGGAAUCUUUGUGUGGUCAGCACUGAUUCUCACCAUCCACCAGAUCUACAUGCACCUGAGGAACUACACCAUUCCUAACGAGCAGCGCUACAUCAUCCGCAUCCUCUUCAUUGUGCCUAUCUACGCCUUUGACUCCUGGCUCAGCCUCCUCCUCAUUGGAAGUCACCAGUAUUAUGUGUACUUCAACUCUGUGCGUGACUGCUAUGAAGCAUUUGUAAUCUACAGUUUCCUGAGUCUCUGCUUUGAGUACCUUGGAGGGGAGAGCACCAUCAUGUCUGAGAUCCGGGGGAAGCCCAUCGCGUCCAGUUGCCUUUAUGGGACCUGCUGCCUGCAAGGAAUGUCCUAUUCCAUUGGGUUCCUCAGAUUCUGCAAGCAGGCGACACUGCAGUUCUGCAUUGUGAAGCCCCUCAUGGCGAUCGUCACCAUUGUCCUGCAGGCAUUCGGGAAAUACCAUGAUGGCGACUUCAACAUUCACAGCGGAUACCUCUACAUCACCAUCAUCUACAACUUCUCUGUCAGCAUGGCCCUCUACGCGCUCUUCCUCUUCUACUUUGCCACCCUGGAGCUCCUGCGCCCCUUUGAGCCAGUCCUCAAGUUCCUCACCAUCAAGGCCGUCAUCUUCCUCUCCUUCUGGCAAGGGAUGCUGUUGGCCAUCCUGGAGAAGUGUGGGGUGAUCCCUGAGGUCCAGAUCAUUGAUGGGAAGGAGGUGGGAGCUGGGACAGUAGCUGCCGGCUACCAGAACUUCAUAAUCUGCAUUGAAAUGCUAUUUGCUGCCAUUGCUCUGCGCUAUGCCUUUACCUGCCAGGUAUACAGAGAGAAGAAGGAAAACUCAACAGCAAACGUGGCCCCAAUGCAGAGCAUCUCUAGUGGGCUGAAGGAGACAAUGAGCCCUCAGGACAUUGUCCAGGAUGCCAUCCACAAUUUCUCCCCCACAUACCAGCAGUACACCCAGCAGUCCAUGCAGGAGGCGGGGACAAAAGCUCCUGGGCAGAUUGGGCACCCGGCACCCAAAGCUGACGGGCAAACUAGCAAAAGAAGCAAAAACAUUGAGAAAAGAGUGCUGAUGCUCUCAGACGAUGAACUGUAGGUGAGAGCUGAGAGGACAGCGGCACGGGAGAUGGUUUAAAAACUCAUUGUCUCUGCAAUCUGACUGGAGCCAAGAGAGAGCAACAGACCUGGACCAGAGAAGCUAAGACCAGCUGUUGCUUUGGAAGGAAAGAAGCAAGAACCAGAGAGGGGUGGGAUGCUGAACUGUGCUUGACUUCUGCUGUCCUGUCCCUGCUGAUGUUGGAGAUUGGUUCUUCUCUAUUCCCAUUAGGCCCCUAUACUUUUGUCAUUCAGUGGUUCUUGUCCACCAACCUGCCCCACUGCCAGUGUUCUGAUGCACGACUAGCAUCUGUAUCCGUACUGUGGGAAUGAUGUGACAGGAAGCAACCAGGACUCCUGAGAGUUCCUACCAGUGCUGCAAGAUGGAGGCUGGAGUCCAGCUCAUCCUCUCGCCUAUGAACAAGGGCAAGGAGGGGAAGAGAACGGCUCUGCUCUAGUGACUCUUGGCCUAAGUAAAAAGAUGAACGGUUCUCAAGCUUCCGGGGAGAAGAGCAGACUGGGAAGUCAGCUGGACAUCGCCUCCUGCUCUGACAUUUUGAAAGUUACCAAAGGGUUUUUUUGGUUAAAACUUAGGGAGAGAAAAAUCUCAAUAAUCUUGCAGGAAAGGGAGGGAGGGAGAAUUAAUGAGCUAUUUUCUGGUACCUACCUGCCUAAAAUUUAAUAAUCCCCAAGGAAGGGGCUAAAAUGAAAUUAAACUGCUGCUACCUGUACUGCUUCUGGGAGGGGGAACCUCUUUAUUUGUGUCGUAAAAGGACUAUGAUCCACCUUGGAGUGGAUCAAAAAUUGAAAUGGAUUCCAAUUGGCUUAUUAAAUUGCUUUUCAGGGAAUUGAACUGUCACGACUGUGACUGGCAGGGUUAGGAAUUCACUUACUGGAAACUAUAUUCUUCUUGAAAACAUUUGCUAUUAAGCAACCCUCCUUAAAUGUAAGAAACAGCUUUAUGUUAAUGCCUAGCACUUGGCUUCAUUUAGACGGGAGAGAACCAGGACUAUUUAAAAAAAAAAAAAUUAAAUACCACAAACCCAAGUUCAUAAGUGGGAAGUGUGUGUGCAAACCCCUGCCCUGCUGGGGUUACGCUGAUCACAUACUGAUCUAUUGCUAGGGUCACGUGCACCUUUUUAAAAGAGGCCAUGUCCUCUAUGUGAACAGAGGUGGGAACCUAAAAUGACAGAGGGGCUCUGUUCUAAGAUAGCUGGUGAGUGAAAUAUAAAUAGGCCUGUGCCCUUUUGCUGUUGACCUGAACAAUGCCAUUUCUGGGAGACAAAUGUCCUAAUAUGGCUUCAGCUGGAUUAAUUCCCCUGUGUUGAACACCAGUGGAUAGUGCACCUCAUUCUGUGAACCUUCCUAUAACAUCCCACCAGACCUGUAUUUUAGAUCUUUGAAGAGAACCUUACUAAUUUCUGUCCAUACCCGCUCUCUCCUACCGGAAUGCCUGCUGGAAACUCAUUCGGGUGUUGGCAUCGCUUUGUCUUAGUUCAUGGGGGGCAGUUUGUGUGUCUUAAAAGGACCUAUAGUGCCUCAAAGUUGCUGCCAUGUAAUAAAUGUACAGUUAACGCUUAUGGUUCUGUUUAGAAGUGGACCCUUUUUUUAAAAAAUCCAGCUGUUUUCCCAGCUCUGAGAUCCCUUGAGCCUGAGAAGUGGAAAUUGUAACUUAACAAUCCCACAUUUUACUAUUUAUAAGGUUGUUGUUUUUCCUAAUAAAUGGGUGUUU